GGGGAUUUGAGUGAGAGUGGUUGGAUCGGCAAAGGGGUGUGAUGGAUCUGAAAAGGUUGUGAAGCAUCAAACAGAACAUAUUUGUAGUUCAACGAGUGGAAAAGUGACUAGAAUGACAAGUCAAUCUUGGGUGGCUGACAAGGCAGCAACUAUGCUUAAGAAAGAUCCAACCAUUGGUGCUGUGAAGAUACUUAAAGAGUUACAGGAAGAGCAUCAUGUCACACUUGACUAUAACACAGUGUGGAAAGGCAAACAAAAGGCAGCAACCAGCUUGUAUGGGAGUUGGGAAGAAAGUUUCAGGAUGUUGUACAACUACAAGGCCGAGAUAGAAUUGAGGUCUCCAGGGAGUAUUGUAGAGAUUGAUACAACCACAAGUGAAGGUGAAGUACAUUUCAGCAAGCUAUUUAUUGCUUUCAAGCCAUGCAUAGAUGGGUUUCUGAAUGGAUGUAGGCCAUAUAUCAGCAUAGACUCAACUCACUUAAAUGGCAAGUGGAAAGGUCAGCUAGCUGUAGUCACUGCUUUGGACGGUCACAAUUGGAUGUUCCCGGUGGCGUAUGGCUUUAUUGAGUCUGAAAAUGGAGAAAAUUGGGCUUGGUUCAUGAAUCAAGUGAAGAAGGCAAUAGGGGACCCUCCAGUACUGGCUGUUUGUACGGAUGCUUGCAAGGGUCUUGAAAAUGCUGUUAAAAAGGUUUUCCCUCAAGCUGAGCAGCGUGAGUGCUUUAGGCAUAUGUGGCAUAAUUUUCAGAAAUAUUUUCAUGGUGAUGUGUUUGGACAGUUGUGGCCUGCUGCUAGGGCAUAUAGGGCGGAAGAAUAUCAACAUCACAUGACAAAGGUGUUUGAGGCAUCUGAGAAAGCGUAUCCUUACCUUAGGGAUUACCAUAAUCUGUUAUGGAUGAGGUGCAUGUUCAAUCCUGACAUCAAGUGUGACUACAUAAAUAACAAUCUUGCUGAGUGCUUUAAUUCUUGGGUGCGAGAAAUCAAGGACUUGCCGAUUGUUCAGCUAGCUGAUAAGAUUAGAGAGAUGAUUAUGGACCUAUUUAGAAAGAGGAGAAUGAUUGGAGAGAAAUUGGUAGGGAAAAUACUGCCAUUUGUCAUACACCAAUUAAAUGCAAAGACUCGAGGACUAGGACAUCUCAAGGCUAAAGCAUCAGCUGAUUGGAGUGGAGAAGUGAAAAAUGAUAACAAAGGGGAUGAAAGACAUGUCGUCAAAACACUCACACAUGAGUGUACAUGUCUGCAAUGGCAGCACACAGGCAAGCCUUGUGACCAUGCACUAGCCUUCAUAAAUGUUUUGCAAGCUCGCAACUUUGUGAACAUGGAGGAUUAUGUGCACGAGUACUACUCAGUUAGCAGAUUCAGGGCAGCAUAUGAAGGUGUAAUUGAGCCCCUUACGGACAAGAAUCAGUGGCCACAUGUUGAUACAGGCUUUGUGUUGCGUCCACCAAUUCCAAAAGGCAAGAAAAAAGGUGCUGGAAGAACAAGAAAACAGAGGAUGAAGAGUUGGUGGGAAGGUGGAUCAAGGAAGGGAUCAUUGAACAAAUGCAACAAAUGCGGGGACGUAGGACAUAGAGAAGCCGGCUGUCCUCAAAAUGGAACAAAGAAACGGAAAAGUAUGGGGAAAAAGAAUCCAUCUCCAUGGUUUGAUGUCUCAGUUAGCAAUGUGAUUCCAUCUACACCAACCAAGAGCAAGAAUGUCGCCACUUGUAGCAGUCCUGGAGCUGUGACAAGAAGCCAAGCGGCAUCUCAAGCUAGUCCUGGAGCUGUCACAAGGAGCCAAGCAACAUCUGAAGCUGCUACUCCACCACCAAAGUCUCCAGCAAAAGGAAAGAAGAAGAAAAUGACUCCAAAGAGGAAGAAAUUAAGCGAUCUGUGAUGAACUUGUGUUAUUGCUAUGUGUGAGGUGCAGACUCACUUUAUUGUUCUGUAUGUGAGGUGCAAACUCUCCUUUUGGUCCUGUGUAAGUGAGGCAGAGACUCACUAUUAUUCUGCUAUGUGUGUGAGGUAGAGACUCACUUUAAUUCUGCUGUGUAAGUGAGGUGGAGACUCACCUUUAUUUGUUGUCAUGCAGUUCUGUAGAACCUUGCUGAACUUAUUAUAUAUGCUAUCAUGGAAUCAUU